AUGCACGCGGGUAUAUAUGCCCGGCCGGCGCGUCGACGUGACGUGCAGAAACCCAACGCCCCCAUUGCCUCUGCAGAGCUCAGCCUCCUCGCGCAGCAGGUACCACGAAUCGAAGCCACUGGGCUGAGAACACCACUUCCCGGCCGGUUCGCGCGCCGCGCCGAGCUCUCGCAGUUCCCUUGGGCUGGGCUGAUGGUGAUGGGGAGGCGCUCUCCUGCGGGUGCAGUUCACGUUCACCGCGCCCUGCUCGCUCUGGCGGCGGUGUCGCUGCUCGCGGCCGUGAGCGAUGGCAUCAGACCCGCUCCUGCUCUGGAGCAUGGAGCGACGACGGCGGAGAUGACCAUACCUUCGGUGCAGGAGGGGGGCAGGCAGGAGCAGGACCUGGCGCUGCGGGAGGAGGAGGUGCGCGCGACGGGGUCGAGCCUGCCGGACUGCUCGCACGCGUGCGGGGCGUGCUCGCCGUGCAGCCGCGUCAUGGUCAGCUUCAAGUGCUCCGCGGGCGAGCCGCUGCCGUGCCCCAUGGUCUACCGCUGCAUGUGCAGGGGCAAGUGCUACCCGGUGCCCUCCAGCUAGCUGACCGGCGCGACGAGGCUACGGCGAGCGGAGAACGAACCAAGUACGAGCUCUCGCGCGCCGGUGAAUGAAGGCAUGAAGCAUUGUACGUACGUCGUCGUCGUCCGAGAGCUUCUUACGAACAAAGACUUGAGCGUGUUCGUUGUGGUCGCAACGUCCGGGACAGCUUGUAAAUUGAUGAUGAUGGAUUACUGAAGGCCGAUGAUGAGUACUGUACUCCGUAGUUACAUAAUAGUAGCUAGCUAGCUUGUACGUGUCCUGCGUGACUAUCUGAGAGGAGAGAUCCUCGAUCAGCCAGUAAUUUUUGGGAUGCCAGAAUCGCCUCGGUGCGUUUCUUGUAGCGUUUAGUAGGUUGGAAGCACGCUAAGGAAGGAUGUGCUGCCUUUAGGUCGGGUCUUUGUAUCUACUCCCUGCAGAUUUAUAGUUUGACAUUCCUAUUUUUGUCUA